UUAAGGAGUACCGCAGUAAUUUACACCAGCGGUACAAGCGGUGCAGGAGCCUCGAGGAGGCCGUAUUGACCGCACCGCCGCACGUGACCAUUGACGAUUGGCGAAUACUCUGUGAGAGAUUUUCGUCUGAGUCUUUUCAGGUAAUAUUUACAUAUUUACGAUAUCUUAAGGUAACAAUUAAAUUCACAAUUAAUAAUAAUAUAUUAUGAAUAAUGUGUUCAGAAGAUGAGCAAAAUAAGUUCUGCGAACAGGGGAAAGUUGGAAGUGAACCAUAUAACUGGUUCAAAGUCAUUUGUACAACUUCGUCGCGACAUGCGAGAUUCCGUCACUGGACAGGAGCCCGGACCAGUAGACUUCUACAGAGAGACUCAUUGUCGGCAGGCGACGGGAUCUUGGGUACAUCCUACAGCCAGCGAGAAUUGGGCGGCGAUGGACGCCAUACGCAGUCAGCCCACUCCAGAUGGUACUCAGCGGAGUGAGCCAGAGAUCCUGAGCGAGGUGCUUGGCACACGUUCUGGAUAUGUGCGUGGGCUUGGCCAUGGUGCCAAGCUCAUGGCACCCGCUAGAGUUGCAUCCAGCCGAUCCGUCGCUGGCGAGAGCGCCAUACGCCGAGCUGAUAUCGCAGAGAAAGAGGUUCAACAUCUACGGGGCGCCGUCGAUGAGAUCAAAGACCAACUGGCGAGGCAGAGGGAGGAGCAUGAGAGGCAGAAGGAGGAGUAGGAGAGGCAGAGGGAGGAGCAAGAGAGGAGGAUGGAGGAUAUGCGGGUGGAGCAUGAGCGACGGAUGCAGGAGAUAUUACAGGUUCUCGCUGCACGCUUACCCAUCGAUGCCCCACCACCUCCGCCUUCAUCUUUGUGAUUUGUCAUAUUUUAUUUAUGAUUUAUUUUAUAUAAGAAUGUUAAACUUAUAUGUAUUUGUGCGUGGAUGAAUGUAAUGUGGAUAAGACUAUUUGUGUA